AAUAGUGCGCGGGCGCGCAUUCGAAUGAUGACUCAUCAUAGAAGAAAAUAAAAACAAAGCGUUUCAAUUUUAACCAUUUUACGAUAUUUUCAAAACGUUACACUACACGUCUGCAAGUGAAAACCAAUUAUAAUCUCGAAUAUGGAUUUUUUACGGGAAGAAGUCGAAAAUCUUAAAAAAGUUGGUCACAAUUGGGAAAUGGAAAAAUACCAAAUCGAGGAAGCAAUCAUGAAGGCCAUUGCAGGUAAAAUAUGCUCAAAAGCACGUAUUAAGUCGUAUAAAGUAAUACACAAUUCACAGCGAUUAAUCAGUAAUAUCUUACCUUUGGGUUAUUCGUCAGACAUCGGAUUCUCAGAUCUAUGAGAAUAUAUUUUUCCUCGUUCUUUGAACAUAUUUGUUGAUUAAAGAAUCGCUGUAUUAAGUCCGUUAUGUAAACAAAUGCUUUGUUUACAUUUUGAACUCAGUGCUACAGUAAUGUAAAAUAUGAUUAGAUAUAUAUUAUACUGAAUUUUUAACACUCUUCUGGUUCGCUAUGCUUGUAAAUGAAUACAGAUUAGAGAUUCAAUUCAAGAAAGUUCGGAAGGUGCGAAAUAAACAUAAUUCCAAUGUUCAUGUACCGAGUCUGACUGGUCAUUGGAUUGCAAGGGCGGAUUUAGGGGGGGGGGGGUUAGAAAAAUUUCUGGUGGGGUGCAAGAGACACCAUUGAGUAAGCUUCGACAGGGGUUAGGCGUUAAGGUUAAGGAGGGGUGAAGCAAAGUUUUGGUGGGAUUGAACACUAUAAGAGGGGUUAGAGAGAUUCUAGGGGGAUUAAUCUAGGGUGGGGUAACCCCCCUUAACCCUCCCCCCCCCAGUAAAUCCACCCAUGUUGGAAUGUAGGCCUACACAGAACGUAUGCGCCCAACAUACGUUACAUAGUUACCAAAUAAAUGUCAGAAGAUUUCAAGAAAAUCCUUGUGCAUCAGUCAAUUCUAUGAUUGUCCAUCCCCCCUGACCUCGUCAGACUUCCUUGACAGUAUUUAUAUGUAAGUUUCCUUGUAUAAAAGCUGCAGUUGUCAUCCAGCUUUUGAACAACAAAUUAACAAAAACAUGCUCACCCGUUCAGUGGUUAUACAAAUUAGCAUAUAGCAAAAAAAAACCUUGUUUUUAUUUUUGUAUAUGUACCAGAAGUAUGUGUACCAUACCUAUGUAUGCCAAAAGUUUACUUGCAUGAUAAUAAUUUGAAAAUGAUAUACACAUAGAUAAAUGCAACUAGUUAUUCAAAAUCAGUGUAAGGGGCCUGGGAACGACUGUGUUGCCUUGACAACAAAAUUAGAAGUAUUUUCCUAUGCGUCUCAUCAUAUACUAUCUGUAUGCAAAAUUUGAUUUGAUUUGAGCUUAUAAUAACUAAGCUAUGCUUCAGUUUACUAUUCAAUAAACAUACUUACCCAACUAUAAAUGACCUCACACAUUGUGCUGAAUCAGCAAUUUAUAUUUUGCAUAUUUUUGCAUAUAACUUCGGAACCAUGAGAUACAGUAGAAUAGAGCAGUAAACGGACAAUCGGCUUAUUUUUUCAUGCUCUUUCAGAUAAAGCAAUAAAACUUUUUAUUGCCAAUACCCUUUAAGAAGCAGACAUAUAGUAGAUACUACAUUUCUGCAAAACAAGUCCACCACAAGCGAAAACAGUAUUUUUGAAUAAAUACCAAGGCCGGUGAUUUCCAACAAACUAUAACAAUUGAAAGUUACAAAUUACAGUCAAACCGGAUGUUCUCUUGCGAGCAACAUUGCAAUAUUGUCCCUAGCCUGCGCGGCAGGCGGUAUUUCUACAGGCAGCGAAAAUUAGGGAGGCAAAGGAAAUACCGUCUGCCGCAAAACUAGGGGUUUUUGAAUUACCCGUCCGCUGGUGAACGGGAAAAACGGAUUGGUUAGUAUUUUUAUGUAGUUGUCAAUCAACGGCUAAAUUCGGUUAAAUGUUAAUCAUUAACCAAAUGUUUUGCCGUUUUGAAACUCUGCGUUUUGAAAUUAGUUCACGUCAAGUCAGACCAGAAAUGGAAUAACAUAAUAAAAGAAGCAAAUUAAAAGAUACAAGCUGAAAAAUAACACUCUAAAUAGUGUUUUUGAUAGAGAUUCGAACAAGAAUAUUUAACAAAGAAGAUACGUCCGAAGGGGCCGAAGUUAUGAUCGGCGAAAGGUAUGGGCUAGUCUAUAUUUUCGUUCAGACAAUUACAUGCGUAUUAAUUUGAUAAUAUACGAUCUCGCUUGACUUUCAAAGGCCAUAAAUCGCAAUAAUGUUGACAUUUUACUAAAACUAUCGAUAGAAAUUAGGAGAUAUUUCUUCACUGAAUCGAACGUGGGAUUUUCAUAUAGGCCUAUCAUGUUCUGAACCAAAGAUACUUGAUAGAUAUUUAUAAUAUAUACGAACCUCCAAAGUAUAAACAAGGGGCCGGUUGAUGCAGUAAUUAUCAAAUAACAGUUAAACUCUUAUAUACCCGUUGAAUAUGUAUAGUUGUAAACAAAUAAAAACUAUCGUUCUAUAAGGUUCAAAACUUUCAGUUUGGUUGUUGAUUGAUGAUGAAUCUAUAGUAUAGACUUGCAUGCUUUGUAUUUUGAGCUUAUUAAAAGGUAGCUAAACGGGCUUGGUUUAUAUUAACACAUAAAAUAAAUUCCUUGAUUCUCAUCACUAGACACAGUCUACACUUUGAAAUGUCAAAGACAGUGGGAGAUUUAUUUUUUAUAUUUUAUAUUUAUAUAAUUAUAUAUCAAUAGUUCGUAUCUCCACGAACAAUGACAGAAUGACUGAGUUUCUUUAAAAUACAAUGAAAUUUCAUUCAAAAUUCUGUUUGUUUCAAAUUGGAAGUUUAAUAAAAUAUAAAAAAAUUAAUUGUCUUGAAUUAUUUUGUCGGGCGGUACAUUUAUAUUGUAUAACGAAAUAUAAAACGUUUUCACGAGGAUUUUAAAAUUCAGUCGGUUGGUGAUGAGAAUCAAGGAAUUUAUUUUAUGUUGGGCAGUUGGGACUUGGGAGCAGCUUGGGAGUGGCUAAUUUUGAAUAUUUACUUAAUGCAUCUAUAAAUAGCGUUGAUGCUUCAGGGGUGGUAGUUCAUUUACACCCAGUUUUGCGGCAGGCGGUAUUUCCUAAGUACCGCCUGCCAUGCAGGCUAUAUUGUCCCUAGUCUAGGACCUGUAUAUGAGUUUGUAUGCGAUUCAUUUAGGACAGGUAAUCUCAACUGUUUUAGGGUAAAAUGACCAGGGCGGUCAACAUGGCAUAUGUGCGAAAACCUGAAUCCAGGACGAAAGUCCUGAAAAUGUCCCCGCCCUGAAAUGGCAGUGUCGACAUAGCUCUAACUUCCGAAAAGGAAAAGCGAUAGCCUUUCUGAAGUGCUUAUAGUGUUUAGAAGGGUUGCUUUUAGGGGUGGUCAUUGGAAGGAAAAAUUUUUCUAAGUAUAUUAUUUUACCAGAAAAUGACUAUGCACCACCCCAGGUAAAUUGCUGAUUAUGCACAAAAUAACUAAUAUGCUUGGCAGAAAUUAAAUAUUCUUAUUUCCUAAAAAGAAUAUCAUGGGGUGAAAAACUAUCUAAUGCUUAAUUUAAUAUAAAUAUUGUUGAUUUCAUAAGGAUUGUCAUUGUUUUCUUUAAACAUUAGAUAAUACAUUUUAUUCACUUACCCCCCACGAAAACACGAUUUCAGCCAUAUUUUGCCGUCUUGUUUGCUUUUUAUCGCCGAAUCUCGCAAAUAUCAUCCAGUUAUUGUACUUUUACAUGAUCAUAAAUGGCUGAAGAAGAUUUCAAAGAAGGUUUCAUCCACUUUUGUAAUAGUGCAGUGUAUUUUACCUUCGAUAUUGUGUCCUUCGAUAUUCCGCCAAAUUGCCGCCAUUUUAAUGGCUCGCCGCUUCUCUGUCUGAUAAAUGCAACUUCUUCGUUUCCAUAUGUAUUUAGAUUACAGUAUCCAAGAGCACUUCAUUGUAGAAUAGUCCCAAUCGAAAAAUUGGCAACAUUUGUCCCAUUGGGAAGGAAAAAUCCUCCCGUAUACCAUUUAGGUUCAAAAUAAAAAACAAAUCAUUUGAAAGUCACGCGCAAUCUUCGCGAAAACUUCACGUGGACACAUGACAGGGGGGGGGGUGAAUAUUUCGCCACCACAGAAACAUAACUAACUAUAUUGUAUUUAUUGUAUUUUUAUGAUUUAUAAAUCAACAAACCCCUGCAAAUGGAAUUAGACACUGGCUCUGCUGUAUCUGUACUUCCACUUAGUAAAUAUAACACAACGUUUAAGUCAAGCAAACUCCACCCAACAACCACUGUCCUCAAAACCUACACCGGGGAGAGAAUCCAACCCGUAGGAGUCUUGAAUGUCCAAGUUAAGUAUAAAGAAGAGAUGCAGAAGCUAAAUUUGUAUGUGGUCGAAACAAAGGGGCCUGCCCUCUUUGGUCGAGACUGGCUAGAAAAGAUCACACUAGAUUGGAAAGCAAUCAACACAUUGGCAACCACACCACCAGGAAAUCCAUCAACCCGAUUGCAAGAGAUCCUCGAUAAGUAUAGGGAUGUUUUCGAAGAAGAUAUUGGUCUGCUAAAGACUACCAAAGCAAAGCUGAACCUGAAAGAAUACAGCCAGCCAAAGUUCUGCAAAGCGAGACAAGUACCAUAUGCUCUGCGACCAAAAGUUGAGGCUGAGUUGACCAAGUUGCAGAAUGACGGCAUCCUGACCAAAGUUGAUUGGAGUGAAUGGGCAUGCAACCCCGGUUGUUCCAGUGAUAAAGAAGAAUGGCAAUGUUCGAUUGUGUGGUGAUUUCAAGCAAACCAUCAAUCCAGUCUUGCACGUUCAACAAUACCCGCUCCCAAGGAUUGAUGAUAUUUUUGCAUCCCUCGGUGGUGGGCAAAAGUUCAGCAAGAUUGAUCUGCGACAGGCGUAUUUACAGAUGGAAAUGGAAGAAGAGUCAAAGAAAUUCCUAACAAUCAAUACCCAUAAAGGAUUAUUCCAAUACAAUCGGCUUGUAUUUGGUGUAGCAUCUGCCCCUGCAAUAUGGCAACAAGCUAUGGAUCAGAUAUUGGAAGGAAUUCCCCAUGUGCAAUGUAUCCUUGAUGACAUGAUCAUAUCUGGUGCAACCGACCAAGAGCAUCUUGACAACCUAGAAGAAGUUCUCAGUCGACUUAGUAGACAUGGUCUCAGAGCCAACAUCAGUAAGUGCGAAUUCUUCAAAGAAAGAAUCGAGUUCUGUGGUCAUGAGAUCAGCAAGCUGGGUCUGCACAAGUCCCAGCAGAAAGUGAAUGCUGUGAUAAAUGCACCACGUCCCGAAAAUGUUUCCCAAGUUCGUUCCUUUGUUGGUCUUAUUAAUUAUUACCACAAUUUCCUUCCAAACCUUUCUACCUUACUUCAACCACUAAACCAGUUGCUCGAAAAGAGAGACGGUAGAAAUGGACCUCGGAAUGUGAGCAAGCUUUUCUGAAAGCAAAGGAGUUAAUUGCAUCCGAGGAAGUCCUUGCACAUUAUGACCCUCAACGCCCAAUCAAGUUAGAAUGCGAUGCAUCUCCGUAUGGGUUGGGGGCAGUUUUAACACAAGUCAUGGGUGAUAAUACUGAACGACCAAUAGCUUAUGCUUCAAGGUCCCUUACAAAAACUGAAAACAUUAUUCUCAGUAGGCUUUCGUAUGGGGUGUGAAGAAAUUCCAUACUUACAUAUUUGCACGACAUUUCACCCUGCGAACAGAUCAUAAACCAUUGACAGCAAUUUUCAGUCCAACCAAGGCUAUACCAGCAACGACUGCUGCUCGACUCCAACGACAUGCACUAUUCCUUUCAGGGUUUGACUACGAGAUUGAACACCGUAGUUCAACACAGCAUUGUAAUGCAGAUGGAUUGUCCCGUCUACCUCUAGCGAUAACUGAAGAGGAAGAAAAUCCGUCUGUUGACCCGGUUGAGGCAUUUCAUGUGUCACAGUUCAACAUGUUACCUGUCACUUGCCAGCAUGUACGCAAAGAAACCCACCGAGAUUCUACCCUCGCCCAAGUAUAUGAGCAUGUCAUGAAAGGCUGGCAUGAAAAUAAAGACCCCAACCUGCAACCGUUUUAUUCUCGAAGAAACGAACUAACUGUGCACCAAGGAUGUAUUAUGUGGGGUAGCAGAGUUGUCAUUCCCACAAAGUUACGAAGCGAAGUACUACAAGUAUUACACGAAAGUCAUGUUGGUGUGGUUAGAAUGAAAGCUCUGGCUAGAAGUUAUGUUUGGUGGCCAGGAAUAGAUUUUGAGAUUGAAGGGCUCGCAAAAGGAUGCAGUGGUUGCCAGCGGGUUCAACAUGCCCCCAAAUGCUCACCAUUAGUGGCCAUCUACCCCCUGGCAACGUAUUCAUGUCGAUUUUGCAGGAUCAUUCCUUGGAAUGAUGUUUUUAGUGAUUGUUGACGCUCAUUCAAAAUGGCCAGAGGUAAUAAUCAUGCACUCGAAAACAACCACCUCCUAAACUGUCGAAGCCCUGCGAACAGUGUUUGCUCGAAAGUGUUUGCUCGUGUUACCAGAACAACUGGUUAGCGAUAAUGGCCCUCAAUUCACUGCAGAACAAUUCCAGCUGUUUCUAAAGAAAAACGGAGUUAAACACGUAACUUCAGCACCAUAUCAUCCAGCCACUAACGGCUUAGCAGAAAGAUUCAUUCAAACCAUGAAACAAUCUUUGACUUCAAUGAAGGAAGGCCUUGGCUCCACGCAGACCAAACUAUCCAAAUUCCUAAUGAAAUAUAGAAACACACCACACAGCACGACUGGUGAAACACCAGCAACUCUCCUGAUGGGACGAAAUUUACGCACACGGUUAGACUUGAUCAAACCGGAUAUUCGAAAGCAUGUUAUAGAGAAACAAGUCAGCCAAGCCAAACCCAAAGGUGCUAUUGCUGGUAAUUUACGUUAACUAUUCAUUGGGCAGGCAGUUAGUGUCAGAAAUUACAGAGGGAAGAAAAAGUGGAUUCAAGGAAUUGUGCGUGCUCGAACCGGACCAGUGUCAUACCAGGUCGAGAUUGCACCAAAUGUUAUCUGGAGGAGACACAUCGAUCAAUUACUUGCCUCGGAGAACAUAACAAACGACACUCAAGAUCUCGAACCAGUUACAGAUAUUCCAGGUUUGGCAAAUGAAAAUAAUGCUGAAGACGAAACAGCCGUGGACAUACAAGACCAGCAGGAGACUUUCGAACCAAAUCAAGAAAUGGAUGAAGUAGAACAACCUGAACAACGAUAUCCUGUCAGAAUUCGGCAUCAACCAAAUAGGUUAGGACUUGAUAAUUAAAAUAGUACUUGUUAUGUAUAUGGUGCUAACAUAUUACGGACGCCAUAAAAACAUUUAUAUUUUGUUAACAAUGUUACGUGGGGAGAGAUGUGGUGUAUGACCCAUGAUGCUUUGGGGUCAUCACCACGAGGCAUGAUAGUUGUUUUGAACAUGAUAUUAAAAACACAAUGAAUAUCGAAGAACACUACAAUGCAGAUUACCAAACUCACGCAACGAAUAUAAAGCGAUUGCAAAAAACCUAGAAAAUAAUCGAUAAUCGAGAGCAGCUCUGUAUAUAUAAAAUCUACACGCAUGGCUGUUGGCUGGUAUUGUUUUUUUGGCUACGCUGAGAAGGACCAAGCCUCAUUUUUACAACGAGUAUAAUAAUAGGAUGAUUUCUAGUGCAAUUUGGAUAAAACAUGCACGAAUCAGUUUUUCAAAGGGCAUCAUUGAGCUCUUUGAAAAUCUCACGAGUGCUUAUUUUAUCCACAUUUCGCGAGAAACCAUCCUAUUAUACGUAUUACUGUCGUUCCAAUUGAAAUGUUACUCAAAUAUUGAUUCAAUACAUUACCUCGGGCUGACCAUGCAAUUCAUACGAAUUCAAAUUUCUUUUUACUUCCUGUGAGUUUCCUAUUGGUCAAUUGGUUCUGAAACGAAAUCUAAUUGGCUCAUUUAAAAGUAACCUGAAGUUGAUCAAUUUUCUAUCAAAUGAAUUGCAUGGUCAGCCCGAGGUAAUGUAUUGAAUCAAUAUUUGAGGAACACUUCAAUUGGAACGACAGUAAUAAUAUGGUUACAUAAAAAUGUUCGAGACAAUUGUAGUUUUAGCUUAGCGAACCGUCCACUGGAAAAGUUUUUCUGCUUUGUUAUACGACAUUAUACAACGCUAACGGCUUUGUAGCAACAAUUAUAUGUAAGUUUUUCCAGUCUUGUUUAAUUAAGGUAAAGUCUUUUCCAUUAAAAAAAAAGAUAAAAGUCAUAUUUUCCACCCGAACUCAUCUUUUACUUUGUGUAGCACGCCGGCCGUGUAUGUUUUUCCUUGAAGCAAUCUGUGACCGUUAGGACUGCUUUCCUGCACCAAUCAGACCGAUUUUUGCACUGUUGUUACAGAUUUUUGCACUGCUUUUUGAGAGUAACUGCACUGAAAUCAACGAAUCACAGUCGAGGAACAUUUCCAAGUAUGUUAUCAUAACUAAUACAGUCUGGUGUUUGGUUUAUUACAGAUAAAAAUGGAAAUAUUCCUGCAUCUGCCUCAGACGAGCAGACACAAGCGAGGCCAGCAAAACGAGGAUGUUGUCAACGUUGUUUAACAGUGGGCGGUGUGAUCACGCUGUUUUUUCUGUUUGCCGGAGUUGGAGUUACAGUUCUCUAUAAUAAUUACUCUCCAUUUGAGGUGUACAUCAACAGAGUGGUUGGUGACUUGACCUACCCAGUGUUGAGAACAUGGCGUCACAUCGUACUGCCACUGCACCGAUUUGUCGAUGUUCAGUCUUACUCAAUGGCAGAAUGCUUAAUCAACAAUCCAUGGUUCAUAGCAGGUAUAUUGACAAUAAUAGCAACAACAACAACAAUAAUAGUUUAUUUGUACCUUAAUACAAUUUACAUGGUAAAAUUACAAUUAUUAAAAAGAAUAUAAAUAAUAGGCACAGGCUUCGAGAAAUAACCUUAAGAGGCUAAAAAUGCCAGGAAGCCCACUUUGCAGACAUUUUGAUAUUCGGAUUAUUAUAAGGUCGAGGACUAAAAAUAUAUAUCAAGGUACAAAAACAAAGGUCAUUUUCAAAUCGCUACAUAUAACAGGAACGGUUUGAAUACAACAAAACACACACACAGUACAGCACACAGAUCUACAUUAUUACGCAAUUUUUAAAAGUUAAAAUAACCGCGAGCAUAUAGUACGUACCACCAGUUUCUGUGGCCAGAUAUCAUUGAAAGGAGAAGAAGAGGAUAAUUAUACAUGAAAAUUAAUUUCCAGUUAUUUAUAGGCUAUAUUCAAUAUUUUAUGGACUAGUAUAUUCAAUAUUGAUCUAAAUAGUCAUCUUUCAGCUUUUUUUUUUAAUUUAUAAAAGGAAAACGAUUUUACCUUAGAGCAAAAAUGCAACUAUAAGCUGUCUGGCAUCAAUGGAACCUGCGGUUCCGGUGCAACUGAGCUUUAGUGAUUGACCGAUUGUGCAACAAUUAGAAAUUAUCGAUCACCGAUUAUUCAUGCCACAAUCUGCCAGAUACCGAUGUCGAUAUCGAUUUUAUAAUGACGUUAUAAUAGCAGUCACCGAGUGAUGGUGACAUCAUUCAUGUCGUUUUUUAACGCUAAUUUCCAAUGUAACAGGUUACUGCAACCAAAAAAAUUUUCUCAACAGUCGGUUGUAGACAAUCGGAAAUAUAUAGAUAAUUCUACCGGUACCAAUUGUUUAUCGAUAAGGCAAAAAUUGGCCCGAUACCGAUUAUCGGUCAAUCACUACUGAGCUUAGCAUGGCCAGUUGGAGAACUUUAACCGCAUGUUCACAAACAUGCAUAUAUGCUAACUAAAGGUGCAUGCAUGAUGGCAGUGGUAGGGUAGACGGGUAGGUAACAAAAUUUGGGGCAUCCAAGGCCAGAAAUCACGGACAUAGAGAUUACUUCAUGGUUAUGAUUCACAAGUGAAUAAAAGUCGUAUUCGAGAACCAAACAUGAUGUUAUUUCUUUAUUAUAUAUAUACUAUUUGUAUGAAAUGAAUGAUUCGGAGUUUUAAAUAAGUUUUAAAUUGUCCGUGAAUAUGAUUAACGCAAUAAAAUAAUAAACGAUUCCUACCUUUCAAGUUAAAUACAACAUUUUGUGCUUCUUUUAUUUUCUGGGGACUAUUUUUUUAAUAUUUCGUCGAUUUUAAAACCAAAUUUGCCGAAUCAUUCUUUUUGAAAACCAUUAUUUAUACCAGUCUGCUGGUAAAGAAUGCGUCAGAUUAGCUGAUGAACUACUAAUUCCGUCUGAUUGAGCCUGACACUAAUGUGUACUUUUUGAAAUAUUUCACAGAUGAACCUGAUUGCGGCUCAUGUGAAGAAGCAAUUAAUGUUCCAAGGGUAAAGAAUGUGACAAACUUUGCUGACGAGUAUCUAGCUUGGGGUAAUCCAGUCAUUGUCACUGAUGUUCAACCAUACAUGACCAAGGACUUUACAAUGGACAGAUUUUCCAUGUACUAUAUGGAUCAUAAAGACAAGCUUGAUGCAGAUAUAUGCGAAGUAUCGUCUGAGGAUGAAACUGUUGACACAAUUGAAGAUUAUUUCAAGUUACUGGAGAAAUUGGGACUUGAAGCACCGAAUAUACGAUGGUAAGUGCUGUACAUACACUCUAAAACACUGACAGGUUAAAAUUUUCUUUUUAGUUGGGUUAAUUAAUAUUCCUGGUUAAAUUCACUGGUUAUAUACCCGAUAACUAAGGAACGAGAUGAGGGAUGAAAAAAGUUGUUAAGGCUAUUCUUCAUCAUUUUCAAGGCACUGUACUUUGAAGGAAUACAUAAAAAAUGGGGAAACAAUUCCUAUACUUUAAGGCUAUAACAAUGGUUACCUUGUGAAUUUUCAUGUUGCGGUUUAAGCCUUCGAUUUUUGUGCAGAAGCCUUUCUUAAAGUGGUUCUGUAUCAUUUAAAAACAACCCUCCUGCAGUCGAAAAUUUACUUUUCAAAAAAAUUGUGGUAGUGAAGAUACUAGCAGACCUCAAACUACAUGUAUACCCAUGCUGGCAUCAAGUUUUCACAAAUUGUGCGGAACUUGCUGUCUAGCGGACAUUUUCGAACUGUGCAGGGUUUUUUUAUACACCCUGCAUGUAUUGGCACAUGAACAACAUACAUCCAAUCUAACUAGCCUUCCGUUUAGCGUUAAGUGAUCGCGAAAAUGUAUCGUGCACCUAAAAUGGAUAAAACGCCAAAUCCCUGCUGGCUCGUAAGCGUGUGGGAUGUUGGGAUCCGAGGUAACUGCGUUGCCUGCAAGUGACUGAACCACCUGCAAACCUGGGUCAUGCAGAGGGUCUUGUGCACGCUAAUAUAUAUACAUUAGUAGAAAAUUUCAAUUUUCCCCAGUAUCGUUUUGCAAUAUUUGCCGGCCAUAUUUCCAAAUCUGUAUGAUUUGACUAUUUUCCUGUUCUGUUACCAAAUUUAUUAAGCUGUCAAGUUCUGAGUUAUGUUACCUAUUGCCAAAAUGGACUUUUUCCGGCCCAGUUGUUCCAAAAGUUUCCCCCGGCCGGCCGGUGCCCCAUCACAACUCGCAAGCUGUGCAGUAUAUAUAAUGGCAUAUUGGCUCGAUGGUCCUCAAUAGGUAGAGCGGCGGUCUGGAGUCCCGAUAUUAGCUCACUAUUAGUGAGCUUAAGCAAGUGACGUUUUUGACAACACGAACGGCAUGAGUAACGUCAGACGACUGGGUCAAGGGCUGUACGUGAUUGGCGAGCAAAUCUUCCCUGACCAGUUUACUUGCUUGUGUGUACAAUGAAUAAGAUUUUUCGAUCAUCCAAUUUUCCCUUGAAAGUUUAGUUUUCGUUCGAAGCUGCUUCAAACAGAACUGAAAAAUUGUCGACGAUGCCAUAAUUCAAAAGCGAAUUUCAAAACAACGAGAUGCAAUGACUAUGAGUGCUCGAAGAUUAUUUGCAAGUUUUCUGUGUUCGAAAGCUGACAUGACUAUAGCUUUUGAACAAGAAUCGGUGUCAAUAAUUCCUGGGUUUUUUAUGUUCGUAAUGGUCGUUAAAAUAGAGUCACGAUCUUUCUCAACGGCCAGUUUAUAAUAGUUUAUACCUGCAUGUAAACCUCAUGUAAAUCAUAAGUAUUCUUUAGUUAUAAUCACUCCGCGUAUUUUCAGUUCAAAAAUGUUGUAUCUCGGUCGAUGAGAUCGCUACUCAAUCUACGUCCGUUACGACCAUACAGUAUACAAACCAGGCUUAAGCAAAACAAUGUCAAAUUUUUCCGUACAGGCAGUAAAAUUUUUGCAGUAAAACUUUUCAUGGAAGUGCAGCUGACUUCAGCAGUGCAGAGAUCGUGUUGGAAAAUUCUGCAGUUAAUACGUUCGAAAGAUUGUUAGGUUGAAUGUUUAACAUAUAAUAGGUAUACUCAAUUCCAUUUUUUUUUCAGAUCAGAGGUCAGGCACAAAUCACAGCCCUAACUUUAUAUUCGUAUAUGUUUUAGGAAAGUGUGCUAUGGCGAAGGUUUACGAGCUCUUCGCAAAUUCUUACCAAGACCAUAUUUUGUGCACACUGAAGGAGCUUUAGAAAAGUAUCUGAUUAUUAUUAAUUCCAAUGAAGAGGUUCUACCAUUGGUAAGUGUGUUCCACCGCUCCACCCCAUUUAGGUAUUAUCAACCAUAUGGGAGACGAUUUAGCGGCACUUACUAAUUUCAGGCUUUUGUAUUCUUUAUUGCCUACUUUAGGCCGUUUGCCGUGACCUAGAAAUAUGCCUAGAAAACGAUUUUCAUUAAGCAUGCCGUGGAACUGAAAUAUCUUCACGGUAACUAACAUUUUAAAACACGCUGAAUUCAAAUCCGAAAAGUUGCCGCUCCGUAGAUCCGCAGUUUUUUCACAAAUUGCAUUUGUAUUUUCAGUUCUUCAACGAACAAAAAUAAACACGCGCCAUUUUGAAAUUAAAUAACAUCACUCAGAGUAUGCCGCAUCCAUUGAACUAUAAAUAAACUGGAAGGCUAACUGCUAUGAUGAAGGCCUAUGAUUUGAUGAAGCCAAAAUAGUUUUUCUGAGUUAUGAGCAGAAAUACUUGACCCCAAACGUCGGGCUAUAUAUCAAAUUGAAGCUAUUGAAAAUUGCUAUUCGGUGUGGAAAUUUCAAGACUUCAGCCAAAAGAAAAAUAUUUAAAAAAUACAAAAACAACUGCAAAACGGCAAAUUAUCGGUAAUUAUGUUUGUAGUUUUUCAAUAUUUCCCUUUUAGCUACAGUCUUGAGAUUUCUACACCAAAUAGCGUUUUUCAAUAGCUUCAAUUUGAUAUAUAGCCCAACGUUCAGUGUUGAGUAUUUCUGCUCAUAACUCAGAAAAACUAAAAUGCAUUGGCUUCAAUUUUGCCCCCCUGAGUUAGCCUUCCAGUUUAUUUACAAGCUCUGUGUGCGAGAUUGGUUUAUUUAUAGUUCAAUGGCCGCAUCCUCGUUCCCAGGGCUUCUCGGCUGCCUGCGUUGAAGCCCUGGGAACGAGGAUGAGUCAUUCUCGUACCCAGAGCCCUUCUUACGCGCGUUCGACCGAGCCCGACGAGGGGCUCUGGCCAAAUCCAUAUCAAACUGGCUUCUGAUUGGCCACAACCAAAUAUAUGGUUUAUUAUAGUAAAUAAUGAAUAAAAAUACACAAGCGCUCCACGAAGCGUUGGUUUCCCUUUGAAAAUUGGGAGAAAAGACAUUAUUAAAGUUGAAAGAACAGCAGUACGAAGCAGUUAGGAAGAUUGUUGUUGAUAAUCGCCCACAAAAGCGGUAGAUGUCGCUAAUUUUAUUUAUUUAAAUCAAUUAGUUGAUUGAAAUUAAUAGGUUGAGACGUGAUGUUCUCAUAGCAAAAAGUCAGCAUAUUUAUGGCAGAUGCUCGUCGUAUUUCCAAAUCAGUGAUGUUAAUCAAACAAAUCUGCGUUACAUGUUCAAAGCUGAAGUGCCAUCUGAAGAGAAAAUAUUAAAGCCAGCCAGAAUAUGAAGUUAAUUGUGAUGACUAUUUUCUUCCUAGAAACCGAUUUUUUACAAUUUUCAAAUGAUUUGCAGUAUAGUAUGUCUUAUGUAUGACUGUUGACUUUUAAUAAAACACAAAAAAGUCUAAAAAUCUGUACAACAGCGACUUAAAAUCGAAUAUAAAAUAGUGAGACAAUCUCUCGUCUUCGUAUCCGUAGCCAUUACUGCUUUGGCAACGUUUAAGAGGGAAAUAUAUACUAAAUUUUUAUCAACAUGCAUUGAGAACAUCACGUCUUACCUACUAAUUGAUUUAAAUAAAUAAAAUUAGCGAAACCUACCGCUUUUGUGGGGUUUUCCUGGAGAAAAACUUUCAAAACGAAACAAACAAGAAAGCCGAAGUGUUUAUCCGCGUUUGACGUUGAGCAUGCGCAGUGUUUAACCGGAUACCAUGUUUUUUAUGGUAUCCGGUUAUGGAUUUGGCCAGAGCCCCUCGUCGUGCUCCGUUGACCGCGCGUAAGAAUGGCUCUGGGUACGAGAAUGGAGGAUGAGUAUGCCGUUUAACCCGUUUUUGCACCCCAGUCUCCGAUGCUCAUGACCGAGUUAAGGUUUAGAGCAAUGUUAUUAAAUUUGCUGCAAAACAAACACAGUCACGUGGUUUUAAAAAUGGCUAGUCAGAGUGACUUUCAGUUUAUUUGCCAGUAAAAUCGCUAAAGAAUGAGAAAUAAAAGUUUAAAUUAUUUAUUUGGCCGAGAAAAGCAAUAAGGUAGGUGUUCUCUGUGUAUAUUUUUUGAGUUUGUUUAAGGCUAAUGGCCUAUAGAAGAACAAACAAGUGAUUAUUAAAGUGAACAACCAUCAGUCCAUCACGAUUUAUUCAGGUUUUAUAGCUGUCAGAUACAUAUAAGGAAAGGAUUAAUUAAGGCCAGUCUGCUUGAAAACUCACAGUAAAAUUGUUCCAUGUAUCAAGUCUGCUGUUUAUGGGAAUUAUUGUUGGUCAUAAGGUGUAAAGUAAUUUAUGGAAACUGUUAUUCAAAUAUUGAUUUAUCACCCCAUGAAAUAUCAAGAAGGCCAACAAAACCAUGAACAUUUGCAUAGUAUAAAUGAUUAUUAUAUCUGCAUAACCUGCUGCUGACUUAUUUAUUCCAUGCUUUAUUGCAUUUUCAAGAUUUACACUGUGCUAGAAUAUAUACACACAAGAAUAUGUAAUAGGAUAUACAAGUAAGAUUCCGCAUGAAUAGAUUGGGUAUAAACUUGUAUUAAUUCCGUCAAUUACAAGGAAACAUGUUUGGCUGACACAGAUCAGCCUGGUUUUGAGAUCUACAGUAGCUGCUCAUAUAAGCAGCCCUAAAUUAGAAUAUCUACAAUCCUGGAAAAAUUUAUUGUGGUCAGUGUGUGCAAAAAUACAAAUACCUGCCUUGCUCUUGCCCAAAAAUACGUGCAAAAACAGCAUUUUUUAACUGUUGAAAUGCUUUUAGAUCGGUUAGGCGAAAGCUCUGUGACUGAUGGGGGAGAUGAAGAUGCCAAUAUGUGUAUGUGAACAGUAAUACUUUAAUCAUUCACACCUAUAAGUGUCCACAGAAUUUUUGCCAUGAUUGUAGCUAUAUAUAUGGGUGGAAGCAAAACUGUGAGUUCAAAAUAUAUUCAACAGCAAAAAUGUUUUGUUGCCCAAUUUGGCAAAGUAAUACUUUAUAUGUUGUUAUGCUGGGAUUUUUCCAGCUUGACAGUAAACAAGCUGUUUGUUUUGUUUUAUAACCUGUUAGAAAUAAGGAAAAAUACAUGAGUCCCAGGCAGCUGUGCUUGGAUCUUAACCUUUUAAAGUAGUUGCAUUGCUCCCCAGUGCACCUUACUUUAUUAGUCUACUCUGUCUAAUGCUAGACAAUUUUACUCGUCAAGUGGAAAAGUGCUGGUGCUCAUGCAAUAGGUUAAAUUAAACACCCAGGUCACUAAUCUGGUGCUCUACUAUGCAGUUAAGCUAAAUGUGAUCAAUGACAGGCCGCACUCAGAUUUGUGUACUCUGCCCUGCAUGGGGAAAGCCACAUAUAUACGAAUAAAAAAUAUUUAAUACAAGUUUAGACCCAAUCUAUUCAUGCAGAAUCUUAUAUGUAUAUCCUAUUACAUAUACUCAUAUUCUAGCACAGUCUAAAUCUUGAAGAUGCAAUAAAACAUGGAAUAAAUAAGUCAGCAGCAGGUAUAAAUAAUCAUGUAUACUAUGCAAAUGUUCAUGGUUUUGUUGGCCUUCAGAACAUUUUGUUGGCCUUGAAGAACAUUUCUGACAUUUCAUGGGGUUGUAAAUCAAUAUUUGAAUAACAGUUUCUAUAAUUUACUUUACAUCUUAUGACCAGCAAUAAUUCCCAUAAGCAGCAAACUUGAUAUGGAACAAUUUUACUGUGAGUUUUCAAGUAGACUAGCCUUACUACCAUUUUCGAGCUUCCGUGAAGCGUGCAUUUAUAACUAGGUUUUAAAACGUUUCUUCAGCAUGAGUUUGUCAUUCGAAACUUUUUAUUUCGCUCCUAAAACAUUUUGUUUUGACAUAAUAACUUCUGUGGGCGUGGUAUAAAACAUAUUGUUUUGCACGCGAAACUUUGAAUUUCGGCGUCAAAACUCAAAAGGGCACUUGUAUUACAGAGGUUUGUUACGUAAACAUAUCCAGAAGGUGCUAUAAAUCUGUUAUUUCGCUUUCUAUAGCAAUUUUGUCAGUAUAAAGUCAGUCCGUGUGAAAAAUAAGAAGAAAUUUUCGCGUGCAAAACAAUGUGCUUGACACCACGCCCACAAAAGUUAUUAUUGCAAAAUAAAAAGUUAUGAUUGACAAACUCAUGCUGAAGAAACGUUUUGAAACGUAGUUAUAAAUGCACGCUUCACGGAAGCUCGAAAAUGGUAGUAUUGGUGCAAAAAAGCGUUUUAAUUGCUUUAAGAAGAAUAAAUCGUGAUGGUUGUUCACUUAAUCACUUGUUUGGUCUUCUAUACUAUAGGCCAUUAGCCUUAAACAAACUCAAAAAAUAUACACAGAGAACACCUACCUUAUUGCUUUUCUCUCCCAAAUAAAUAAUUUAAACUUUUAUUUCUCAUUCCUUAGCGAUUUUACUGGUAAAUAAACUGAAAAUCACUCUGACUAGCCAUUUUUAAAACCAUGUGACUGUGUUUGUUUCAGAUUUAAACUCCACUAUCUCUCUACUGCUUCCUCUCACAAGCUUACGACGCAUCUGAUUGGUUAAUCGGGUAGACUAAAUGCAUCUGAUAGGUCAAUAAUAACAGUAGCCGUAGUAGAAGUCAAAAUCUGAAACCUCUCUACUGUUAUCUCAGUUAACCGAAAUUCGGUUCUUCGUUUUUUAGGAACAUAAAUUUCAGCCUAUAAGUUCUUAAUCUUUUGGGGCCAAUUGUAUAUGAAAGCUGGAUAGCUCUAUCUGUAGCUUUUUAAAAUUGUGUUUUAAUUGAUUAGUUAAACCCAGAUUAAAAUUUAACCCGCAGGGUAAUUGGUAGUGAUGUCAUUUUUGGAAAAAAAAAAGUUGUCGAGAAUUUUCAGAAGCUAUUUGGAAACAAUUCUGAACUGAAAUAUUAAGGUGUAUGUACUUUAUAGGCCUGUGUAACAUGAGUCACGUAACAUGAAUCACGUAACAUGAGUCACGUGUAUUAUGUAGCAAUCCAAACUAUUGUAACCCAAAAUAUAAAAUUUGUUUGUGUUGGUAGUUUGCCUAACAUAACUCUCAUGUGCUUUCAACCUCGUUUGGUCCGAGCUUUAUUAUACUGAUAAAUUACAGUUUCUUUUCGUUAAUGAUUGCGAGGCUUUAGCUAUGAAAAUAAGUAUCCUGUAGACAACCCCUUCCUAUAUUUAAUAAUAAUAAUAAAAUCUUCAUUUUUACUGAUAAAAAAGACCGUUCAGUCAAUUACAUGGAUUGGCUGGUAUCAAUCGGUGAUCACUGUAUAGCAAGUAUAGCUAUAUACAAUAACGUAACAUAAGUGCGUAACAGUGCACAAAUAAGGCUAUAUAAUGUAACUGUCUAUAAUUAUAAACUACAAUUGUGCGUAUAACAGCAUCCAUGUUUAUUAAGUAUUUAAACACUUCAUUAUUGAACCGCACAAGUGUUUUAGUUCUCGUAUCUCUUUCGGUAGAGAAUUCCAAUCUAUGGCAGUCGAGAAUCUGAACGAGGUCUCGCCACAUCUAUAGUUCUUACUGGCGGUAUAAAUUUAGUAAUGUUGGGCCUCUAAGAGAUCGACAGUGCAUUUCUGAUCGUCUUACUAGAUAGCCUAUCAACUUCUUCGGGUAAUUUACGUUGUUUAUGAUCUUAUAAACGUAUUGCAACCUUAUAAGACGACGUCUUCCGUACAGUGACAAAAGAUGUAAUUUAGCACGCAUCUCCUAAAUACAUGUCUUACUGUUCGCGUGUAACCGAACCGACCUGCCCGCGUAGAUCAGUAAUAGAUUAGGAAAUGAAUAGAUGGCUCACUCCUAUUUUUAUAAUUCUGAUUUAUUUUUCCAUUAACCCCCCGAAAGCGAAAAAAUACAGGAUUUAAUAGCACGGAUGUCAAUUUCGCGAUCCAUUUUAUUAUAGUUCUUGCUAGGCCGCCAUUACUCUGGCAAGAACAUGCGUGGGUGGCGGCGGCGUCAAAAACAUGAAAGGAGUGAGCCAUCUAUUCAUUUCCUAAUCUAUGUGGAUCAGUUGGCAGAGCAUUGGGCUGGUAUUCCAAAGGUCGUAGGUUCGAUUCCCACCGUGGCCAGGCAUAUUUUUCAAGGCUGCCCGGUGUGGAUAUACACUCAGAGUAACAUCACAAGCAUCUUAUUCACCUGAGUACAUUACACCAAGACAGCAAAUAUCACUAUCCGCAUUGUUUAAUUAAACCAGAAUUAUUUGUGUUGUUCCUCUAGCCAACAGGACAAUAUGGCAACUCCUGGGUAGCUCAAGUGACUGGUUCAUCUGAUAUGGAACUAACCCCAAUACAAGAAUGCAACACGACAUGUGCUAGCUUCAACGUGACGUUGAAUAAAGGAGAAGUCAGUAAGUAGCAACGAUGCUUAAAUCUGUGAAAAAAAAAAUGAAAAAAAUAUGUAGCAACGGUGGAAUGAACCUUAAGCAAUUAAAUAUUUCAUCGAUGACUUCUGGUCAAUUUCCAUUUUAAUGUCCACAUGACGCAAAACUGUUUGUCUAAACUCUUAAAAUUGUAGAAUAACUUCUUUCAGAGAUAUUUAUUUGUUUCGUUGCGAUACUUAAUUUUCUCAGAAAAAAACAAUGCAUGCAACCAGACAUGAAUAAUGAGUUUUCAGUGAAUGGUUUAUGUUUAUUUAACAAAGAGAUACUGUAUAUACGUAUAGUGUCAUUAUGACGUAAAGUUUGUUGCACUGGUCAAUAAUAAGCGCUUUUGUCAUUCGAAUCUCAGUCUAAAUAGGUCCUGCAAUCCCUAACCGGAAUCCCUUGAAACCUCAGUUUAAAUACAAUUCCAAACCGCAUUCCCUUACAACCUCAGUCUAAAUACAAUCCCUAACCGGCAUCCCUUCCAACCUCGGUAUAAAUACAAUCCCCAACCGCAGUCCCUUGCAACAUCAGUAUAAACACAAUCCCUAACCGCAGUCCCUUGCAAACUCAGUAUAAAUAUACAAUCCCUAACCGCAUUCCCUUGCAAACUCAGUUUAAAUACAAUCCCUAACAGCAAUCCCUUGCAACCUCAGUUUGAAUACAGUGCUAACCACACGCAAUCCCUUGCAACCUCAGUUUAAAUACAAUCCCUAACCGCAAUCCCUUGCAACCUCAGUUUAAAUACAAUUCCUAACCGCAAUCCCUUGCAACCUCAGUUUAAAUACACUCCCUAAACCGCAAUCAUUUGCAACCUCAGUUUAAAUACAAUCCCUAACAGCAAUCCCUUGCAACCUCUGUUUAAAUACAAUCCCUAACAGCAUUCUCUUGUGAUACAAUCCCUAUCCGCAAUCUCUUGACACCUCAGUUUAAAUACACUCCUAUAAACACGCCCAGUCCCUUGCAACCUCAGUUUAAAUACAAUCCCUAACCGUCACCCUUCCUGCCUCAGUUCAAUUACAGUCCUAACCGCAAUCCCUUGCAACGUAUACUCCUGAAAUGCAACUAUGCUACUGUUUACUGCACGACUGAAAGACAUGUUAAUUAACUUAAAUGAUUUCGGUAGUAGUACGAAAAUGUGUAUAUAGUUACUUGGUUGUGAUCAACCGUUGGCAAAAUUCUUCAAUUUUCUCGUUUUGUUGACAAAAUAAGUUAAUAUGCUAACGAAAAAGUAUCAAUUUGUUAUUGCAUCUCAAUUUUUUUAUUCUCUAAUUGGUCUCACUAUUCAUUCUAAUUGCUCUCACUCUAUCAUUCUCUCUUAUCAUUCUCUUCAAUGUUUACAUUUAAUUCGAGGACUCGGCUUUUCUAUAAAGCCUGCAUGUGUAAAUAAUUGUUGUUUGAAUUGGAAUGACCGUAGCUACUUCUGACAAAUGUAUCUGUACCACGUUGGCCAAUGACGUCACCUCAAAGAUAUACAGCUAAUUCAAAAAAGGUUGUCCUUUUCAAAUCUUAAAGUGCCUAUGCGACAAUUUUUUUAAUGAUUGAAUUGCAAAGUUCAUUUAAAAUCAUAAUAUAAGUUGUUUUCUAAAACAUUGCAUUAUUUCCUGUAUGUCAAGAUUUUCGACUUUGUUUGAUAUACAAAUGUGACUUAAAUGACGUCACACUUCAUAAUGAGUUUUUAGAAAGAAAACGUUUCCUUGCCAAACAUGUGAUAAUUCCAUUGACAUUGAAAGUGAUAUACUUUAAGAGUUAUCAAAGCGAUCAUUUCACCUGUAAAUUUCAGAUAAUGAGAAUUUUAACAAGCUACAACACAGUCUUCUGUAAAACGCAUUAUCCAGUGUGACGUCAUUUAAGUCACAUUUGUAUAUACAAACAAAGUCGAAAAUCUUGACAUACAGGAAAGAAUACAAAGUUUCAGAAAACAAGUUAUAUUAUGAUUUUAAUUAAAUGAACUUUGCAAUUCAAUCAUAAAAAAAUGUCGCAUAGGCACUUUAAACUUUAAACCUUAAACCUUACACUCUAAGCGUGCAAACAUAUAAUGGAAGCAUAAUUUAAACAGUUUAGAAAUCAUAUAUGGGGCCAUGCAUUUCUUCCAGACAUGGUAAAUAUCUCCUUUCGAGAACAAUUUAUUCACAAAUUAAUAGCUGCAAUAUUCAACUACUAAGCUUGAAACUUUUGCUCCCAUUAAGAUUUACUCACUAAAAGUUUAAGGUUUAGAGUUUACUGAAGGUUUGCAAAGGCCAACCUUUUUCGAAUUGGCUGUAUUCAUUAGAGAGCUUACGCUUCACGACGCUGCCAGAGAAGACGCGUUAGAAAGGUUUGGUAACUAGCGCGGCCCAAGCCACGUUGUCUUAUUCUGUUCCCUACGUUACGAAACACAACGCGCUAUAGCCUAAAACGUUUAUUUUCGCGUGAGAAUCAUAGGUUUUUCAAAAUCUUUGUAAUUUCUGGUUUUGAAAGAGCGAAUUUAAAUGGAAACUGUAAUCAAAGGUACUAUACUUGAUCAAAAAUAAAAAGUUAAGAACUUAAAUCCGCGUUUUCAAUGUAAAAGUAUUCGACAGAGUGUAGUCAUCACAAUGUGAAAUCAGGGCGCUAUAAAACACGGGCGGGGAAACGCGCUAAUAAAUGACCGUGCUACGUGUGAUGCACAGUAGGAUUGGCGCGAGCGCGCUUUCUUUAAAAAAAUAAAAAAAUCGCGUGCAAGAUAGCAACAAAAAAUGUAAACAAGCAAACGAGAAAACAAAGGAUUUAAAUGCUUACAGUAGUAAUUAUGUUUCGUUAAUUAAAAUUUGAAAUAUUAUUUAAUAAGUUAUAUUACAUGUAAUAGUUUGUGUUACUGAACACUCGCUGAAAGAAAAUAUCAGGGCAAAUUUAAAAUUUCACUCGUGCGAUGAAGGCCCCUAAAGGCCCCUCGGAUUGCAUCGGAGCGGAGCGAUUUUCAUACCGGAUUCGGCUGCUGUUUACACUAUGCCACAGUAAUCCGGUACGCGACGCGGAGCAAAAAUCACUCCGCUUUGGAGGUGAUAUGAAAAGUAAUCCGGUAUGUGCCGGAGCAGUGUAAACAGGCUAAUCCGGUACGCUUCGGUACAAAAUCUGUUUUGGCGUGUAUGUUUUAACAUUGUCGCCUUUAUUUGCUCGCUUUUACAAUACUUUAUAGCUGUUGUUUGUUUCGCCUUACAACCAUUUACUAUUUCUGCCGAAUACAAAUAAAGAAAACGAUAAUAAAAUUGACUUUUCGCUUUCGAAAGAGCAAAAUUUAAAGAAAUACUCGUCAAUUUUGGAUUAGAGCGAAACGAAGCAACGUCUGGUGGUCAAGCUUUUUAAACAAAGUUAUACUUUACAAAGAGUCAAAGGAAACGGGUGUUACUUCUUGUUAUUAAUAAAUUUUGGUAUGUUGGCUACUUGUUUCCAUAGCAACAGUGAAAGACAUGAGCUGGCAUGGCAACAGAGCGAAGCGGCAUAGUGUAAACACCCUUGUUUUUUACUUCGGAGUAAAAAUUAAUCCGGUAUGAAUAGUAAUCCGGUAUAGUGUAAACGGGGCCGAAAAUAUUUGCAAAAUUUAAAGCGCGGACGUACUAUUUUUAAAUAGUGUUUUCUCCUCAAAACAAAAAAAAACAACAAAAAAACCCCCAAAAAACCAGUGUUUUCUCCUCGGUGAGAUAGUUUGAGAUAAAUUUGAACACACCAAACUAUAGACAUUUAACUUGGCUUAUAACGUCUCACGUAAAAUUGAACGGUGCUUUUUUGUGCUUUUUUCAUAAAACGGAGGUAUCUUCCAGCCUUUAUAGUUUUCCGUAUACACUGUCACUGCAAUGUCAACGACUGCGGUCGCACGAAAAAAGAUUCACGCUGACUAUUUUUGGAGUGUCGGUGGCAGUUACAACAGCACCAAUGAUAUAGAAAUAAAAUCAAUUGAAAAACACUUUACAAUGAACUUUCAAUGGAUUCCAAGCAGGCCGCCUGAUUAACACAAAAACGGUUGCUGUAUAUAUUUAAGUUUUCAAAUUGUAGUUGGUUUUUUUUUCAAAUUGUAGUUGUUUUAAAUGCAUGUAUGGUCAGUUUCGGGCUAUAUGAUUAUUGAAAAAUAGUAGCCAAGCAAUGUCAUAAUAUUCUCACUGCGAAAAUGUUUAUCCUACCUUCGAAUUAUGAAGUAAGAUAUCCCAUUUCAUAGCAAAUUUUUCGUGUUUGGAAUAUGCCCGCAUUCGAUCAGUUCGAUUCCUUUUCACAUUUUUAUUCCGCUCAUGAUGAAUCAAAGCCCUUUUUCCUUCAUCAGAUAUACAGAAAAUAAUCCAACAAUGUCUUCAAACCAUCAAGUUGUUUAGGAAUGCAGAAAACAUUUUUUACUUUAGUUUUUUCAGCUCUUUUUUGCAUAAACUUUCCAAUUCCAUUUUUAUUUACAUUAUAAAUUAAUGUAUAUAUACCGGGGGUACUCGCAUCAAACAAAGAUCAGGGGCCCUAUCUCCGUUUCACCGCCCGUGUUUUACAGCGCUCUGGUGAAAUUGGCAAAAUUCCGUCGUAGAAUCGUCGACUACGCGGUAGAAUUACACAGGACGUGUGGGCCGCGCUAGUUACCAAGCCUUUCUUUCGCGUCUUCUCCAGCCGCGUCGUGAAUCGUAAACUCACCGAUAAGGUUUAAAACUGUAGUCUUUACUCUAUAUAAUGAAGUAUGAAAUAAUUUCUUGCAGUGUAUCUGAAUCAAGAUAUUUGGUAUGCUGAUAUCGUUGGUAAUCAGGGAGAUGAACCAGGUGUCGUUUUACUCUCCAGUUUUGCCUGACGUCUGAAUGCACUAAAUCAUGUCACUUGCUGGUAACUGUGUAGUCGCAGAUCGUUUGUGUAACGUCUUUAAUAGAAGAAAAGAAAAUAUCAAUUUUAUAUUUGUUGUAGUUUCGUUUUGUUUUGUUUCCAAUUUGAUUGGUUGUACAGGCAAAACAACCAUGCUACACCAUGGUUGACCAUAUGUACGUGUAAGAAAAACAACAACAUGAACGAACAGCAUUUUUGUGAUUUUUUAUACAAAUAAAUACCUUUUGACAUUUGUAUCGGAACUUCAGUAGGUAAACGAGAUUUCUAAUAUGUUUAUGCUUUAUGAUAUUUUAAAUCGUUUUCACUACUUUUUUUUAAACGGAACGUUGUUUUGUGGAACAAGUCAUUGUUUGUCGAAAGAGUUAAUGAAAAUGCAAGGUAUAAUAAAACAAUUAUUAAAUGCCUAUAUCAUGGUUUUGAAGUUUGCAUAUCUCGAAAGUUUAGGGUAUUUUAAGACACUUUGCAAUAUAUUUUGUUUAUAUAUUGAAAGAUUUCAUCUUGAUGGAUUUAUUAGCUCUUAAAGUUACCGGACAUGACGUCAAAAGGAGAAGUGUAAAUCAGUUUUCCUUUGUAUCAUUGCAACAAAUUUCUCCUUUUGACGUCAUGUCCGGUAACUUUAAGAGCUAAUAAAUCCAUCAAGAUGAAAUUUUUCAAUAACAAAAUAUUUUGCAAAGUGUCUUAAAAUAUCCUAAACUUUCGAGAUAUGCAAUCUCCAAAACCAUGAUAUAGGCACUUUAAAUUCGGUUGUUGUGAUAUCGUAUGGUUGUUUUGCUUGUAGACAAUGUUACCUCUGUGGUGUUACUGUCAAGGUCAGAAAUGAUCAGUAAUGAAAUGAAAGGUUUAUGGUAAACAACACCUUCAGCGUUCUGUUCAUAGAUAUCUUAUAUACACUAGAUAGUGCUUCUAAUUAUUCUGCAAUUCAAAAAUUGAAGCCGUGAUUGCAGACUCAGGAUAUUCCCAUGAAAUGAGAAGAUUCGUAUAUGUUUUCUAUUUCUUAAACAGGGAACUUCAACGUUAAGUUAAACCUAUUCCAAAUACAUUUUUAAACUAUUCAAAUGAUGAAAGUUAUUGUUGUUUUUACGCGUUUAUUACCGAGUGGGAACUACCAACAUGGCCGCCAUCUAUUCAAAUGGGGGUAACCGCUGGAAUAUUCUUGGUUUCAAUUUUACUAAAAGAGAUGCGCUAUCUAGUGUAUAUAAAAUAUCUAUGGUUCUGUUAUCCCUUAAAUGUGUGAUAUAUCACCAAAACAACUACAGUACAUUGCACUCGUAACUUGUGUGAGUCGCUCCUCGACAACAAAACUAUAACAAUUAUGGUAAAAUAAUGUCUAGUAACCCCAGAAAUGGGUACUAAACAAUAUUUUAAUACUCGUAUUCAACACUUUGUAUCACUUUAAUUCCCCCUUUCGUUGAAACCGCCAUGUCUACUUCUGCUUGAAAUUACGUCAUACUUGUAGACAUUACGAAUUAUCUGCAGUUGGCCAACAGCCAAUCAAAAUAAAGUAUUCCUUGAUAUUUCAUGAAACACCUAUUGGAUGUCCAGAAUUGUCGAGGUAAGUUUUAUUGGUCGAGCCGAAAGCGAGGCUCAUAACACUUACUGAGACCUUGAUAAUUCGAUAUGACAAAACCGAAUUCAAUAAUUGUUUUAUUAUAUCUUGCAUUUUCAUUAACUCUUUCGACAAACAAUGAUUUGUCGCACUAAACAACUUUCCCUUUAAAAAAAAAAGCAGUGAAAACGAAUAUCAAAAUAAAGCAUAAAAAUAUUAGAAAUCUCAUUUACCUACCAAAGGUCUGACAAAAAUGUCAAAAGGGUAUGCUUUUUGUACAAAAAAAUCACAAAAAUGCUGUUCGUUCAUGUUGUUUUUCUUUGUUUUUUUUUUAUUCCUAUAUUUACUUAAAACUGCCGCUUGCCG